UUCAACGACCAAAAUUGAGCUCAUAUUUUCACAGGUUUGUUAUUUCAUGCAUAUGUUGAGGUACACCAAGUGGAGCCAACAAUUAUAGCCCGUUUUAGGUAUGGCGGACUUAAACAAUUAUUCAGAUUGGGUUUGGGUAAAAUGUAUCUUUGUAUCCUCCCAAACCAAUAAGGGUACUCGUAAAGUGGCUGCCAUACCUCAACAAGGCUCAUGGGCGACCCUCUCAACCCAUCUCCUAGUGUUUUCUGGGUACUGUGCUGUUGUUGUUGCUUUUGGGGUGGGGGGGAGCUAAAGAAAUCUUCUGAAAUGGCUUCAUUUUCAGAAUUUUUUGUGUAUGAUCACAUUGCUUUUUCGGGGCUAGCAUAACAAUGCAAAGGGAAACAUAUAAGCAGUCUUGUACCCUUUCACAUUAUUUGGAUUGUAGCCUUUUGUCACAAAUCGCAAUUACUAUCAUAACAACACAACCGCCAGCUUUGCCCACACAUAAUGCUCUUUACUUUUGUAUUCUCAUUAUUCGGUGGGUCAUUUGGCAUGCAGGGCACUUUUUUUUAAAAGAAAUAACACAAUUAUGGCAAACUCUAUAUUCACGUGGCUUUUCUCCCUUUUAGGCCCAGAUUUCGAAGUGUGGUUUGAACCAGACCCAGUGUUGCUUAUUAGUGGUUUGAUGGCCAAUGGUUCUCUUACCAUGAAAGCAGCUCAUAGCAUGUUGAUGGGAACCAUAGAAGCCCAUCUUGACAUAUGGCCAUACCAUCUCAAAUCUAUCUACUGCGAAGAUGGAACGACUACUAUAGACCCUAAAGGAUGUUAUAUGAAAAAGGGAGAGAUCAGAACACUUCGAAGUCGGCUUGCCCUAGAUGAAAGUUUUGCUUCUCUUUUCACGAAGUCCGUGUUUCACGGAAAUGCCACUCUUCAUAAUGAAUAUGGGGAACUGAUGCUGUGCGGAAGACUAACCGUCCAAGUGAAUGACGUCUAAAUCACCAACAAGUCUCAGGCGAGAAGAACUACAGAACUUUCAUAUCAUACAGAUUGUCAUCAAGACAGCUUUAGCUAGAAGGCUAGAAUGAGAGCAAAAUGAGAGAUAAAUUCACUUCAUCAUUGCACCCUUGCCCACCCCCCCCCCAAAACAAUGGUGUGUUACAAAU